AUGGCUCAAUCAAGGCAACUCUUUCUCUUCGGCGAUCAGACGGCGGAUUUUGUUCCCAAGCUCCGCAGUCUACUGUCCGUCCAGGACAGCCCUAUCCUAGCCGCCUUUCUGGACCAGUCCCACUAUGUUCUGCGAGCCCAGAUGGUGCAGAGCAUGAACAUGGUUGAUCACAAAUUGGCUCGAACCGCUGACCUGCGCCAAAUGGUGCAGAAGUAUGUCGACGGCAAACUGACCCCGGCAUUUCGAACCGCUCUAGUGUGCCUCUGCCAGUUGGGAUGCUUCAUCCGGGAAUAUGAGGAAUCUGGCAACAGGUACCCGCAGCCCAGUGAUAGCUACGUGCUGGGGUUCUGCAUGGGUUCCUUGGCCGCUGUGGCGGUAAGCUGCAGUCGUUCCCUGUCAGAGUUGCUGCCUAUCGCUGUACAAACUGUGUUGAUUGCCUUCCGCCUCGGUCUUUGCGCCCUAGAGAUGCGGGAUCGGGUGGACGGGUGUAGCGAUGACCGAGGUGACCCUUGGUCUACCAUUGUUUGGGGUCUGGAUCCCCAGCAAGCUCGUGAUCAAAUUGAAGUGUUUUGUCAGUCCACUAACGUACCUCAGACAAGACGCCCGUGGAUCAGCUGCAUCUCUAAGAAUGCUAUGACUCUAAGUGGCAGUCCAUCCACAUUGAGGGCGUUCUGUGCGAUGCCUGAGAUGGCUCAGCACCGGACUACUCCAAUUCCCAUCUGUUUACCGGCCCACAACGGCGCCCUCUUCACACAGGCAGAUAUCACUGCCAUACUAGACACGACGCCUACGACUCCCUGGGAGCAACUGCCUGGCCAAAUACCUUAUAUUUCCCAUGUGACGGGUAAUGUAGUCCAGUCUACCAACUACCGGGACCUUAUGGUGGUGGCUUUGUCUGAGACUCUCCUGGAGCAAGUGCGACUCGACCUGGUUGAGACAGGACUGCCACGCCUUUUGCAAUCUCGCCGGGUUAAGAGCGUCAUCCUGGUACCUUUCUUGACUCGCAUGAAUGAGACCUUGAGCAACAUUCUUCGAGACAGCUUUAUCACUACUGAGACGAGAACUGACACCGGACGAGCCAUCCCCGCUUCAGGUCGACCAGGUGGAAGCAAGUGCAAGCUGGCCAUUGUGUCCAUGUCGGGGAGGUUUCCUGAAUCACCGACCACCGAAAGCUUUUGGGAUAUUCUUUACAAAGGCCUGGAUGUUUGUAAAGAGGUUCCCCGUCGACGGUGGGACAUCAACACGCAUGUUGAUCCUAGCGGGAAAGCACGAAACAAAGGGGCUACCAAAUGGGGCUGCUGGCUGGAUUUCUCAGGCGAUUUUGAUCCCCGAUUCUUUGGGAUCUCGCCCAAAGAGGCGCCGCAGAUGGAUCCAGCUCAGCGCAUGGCCUUGAUGUCUACUUACGAGGCAAUGGAGAGGGCUGGCUUGGUCCCCGACACCACGCCGUCGACCCAGCGAGACCGCAUAGGGGUCUUCCACGGAGUCACCAGUAACGACUGGAUGGAGACCAAUACGGCCCAGAAUAUUGACACGUACUUCAUCACCGGUGGAAAUCGCGGCUUCAUUCCUGGACGCAUUAAUUUCUGUUUCGAAUUUGCUGGACCCAGCUAUACCAAUGACACAGCCUGUUCCUCCAGUCUAGCUGCCAUCCACCUGGCCUGCAACUCUCUCUGGCGGGGCGACUGUGACACAGCGGUGGCAGGAGGAACUAACAUGAUCUAUACUCCUGAUGGCCACACAGGAUUGGACAAAGGGUUCUUUCUUUCCCGGACUGGCAAUUGCAAACCGUAUGAUGACAAUGCCGAUGGUUACUGCCGAGCUGAGGGAGUCGGGACGGUGUUCAUCAAACGGCUGGAAGAUGCCUUGGAAGAUAAUGAUCCCAUUCUCGGCGUUAUUCUCGAUGCCAAAACUAACCACUCAGCCAUGUCGGAGUCGAUGACUCGGCCGCACGUGGGCGCCCAGAUCGAUAACAUGACGGCGGUGCUGAAUACCACUGGACUCCACCCCAAUGAUUUUAGCUACAUUGAGAUGCAUGGCACCGGCACUCAGGUAGGGGAUGCGGUGGAGAUGGAGUCCGUCCUAUCGGUGUUUGCGCCGUCCGAAACCGCCAGAAAGGCGGAUCAGCCACUAUUUGUCGGCUCAGCCAAGGCCAACGUUGGACAUGGAGAGGGAGUGUCUGGGGUUACGAGCCUUAUUAAGGUUCUGAUGAUGAUGCAGCACGAUACCAUACCCCCGCAUUGCGGCAUCAAACCGGGGAGCAAAAUCAACCGCAAUUUCCCUGAUCUCGGGGCUCGCAACGUGCACAUUGCUUUUGAACCUAAGCCCUGGCCACGCACACACACCCCCCGCAGGGUGCUUAUCAACAACUUCAGUGCCGCAGGAGGGAAUACUGCCUUGGUAGUGGAGGACGCCCCGGAGCGUCACUGGCCGACAGAGAAGGAUCCGCGCUCUAGUCAUAUCGUCGCCCUGUCUGCGCAUGUGGGGGCUUCCAUGAAAACCAACCUGGAACGACUGCAUCAGUAUCUCCUGAAAAACUCCCACAUUGAUCUCGCGCAGCUCUCAUAUACCACUACUGCACGUCGAUGGCAUUAUCUACACCGAGUGAGCAUCACUGGCGCAUCUGUGGAAGAGAUGACUCGCAAGCUAGAGAUGGCCAUACAGAAUGGGGAUGGAGUCAGUCGACCAAAAAGCAAGCCGAAAAUUCUCUUUGCUUUCACGGGACAAGGGUCCCAAUAUGCAACAAUGGGUAAGCAGCUGUACGAUGCGUAUCCAGCAUUCAGAGAGGACCUGGAGAAGUUUGAUCGGUUGGCGCAAAGUCAUGGCUUCCCUAGCUUUCUUCACGUCUGUACUUCGCCUACCGGGGACGUGGAAGAAAUGGCUCCCGUUGUGGUGCAACUGGCUAUCGCUUGCCUUCAAUUGGCCCUGACGAAUCUCAUAACUUCCUUCGGGAUCCAUGCUGAUGCGACAGUGGGGCAUAGUUUGGGGGAAUUUGCAAGCCUGUACGCGGCGGGAGUUCUUUCCGCCUCAGACGUGGUUUACCUUGUUGGUAAAAGAGCAGAGCUUCUCCAGGAGCGGUGCCAACGCGGUACCCAUGCUAUGCUAGCAGUGAAGGCUACUCCUGAAGCGUUGUCUCAAUGGACCCGAAAUCAUGACUGCGAGGUGGCCUGUAUUAAUGGCCCUGAAGAUACCGUCCUCAGUGGUACCAUCAAGAAUAUUGGUGAGAUUCAACGCGCCGUGACGGACAACAGGAUCAAAUGCACGCUGUUGAAACUCCCGUUUGCCUUCCAUUCUACCCAGGUACAACCUAUUCUGGACGACUUUGAGGCCCUGGCUCAGGGAGCAACAUUUGCUAAGCCCCGACUACCAAUUCUCUCUCCCUUGCUGCGGACAGAAAUCCGCGAACAAGGCGUCGUGACUCCAUCAUAUGUCGCCCAACAUUGUCGUCACACCGUCGAUAUGGCCCAAGCUUUGAGAUCUGCUCGAGAAAAGGGACUCAUCGACAAUAAAACCCUCGUCAUUGAGCUGGGGCCGAAGCCAUUAAUCUCGGGCAUGGUGAAAAUGACGCUGGGAGAGCAAAUAACCACCUUACCCACUCUAGCACCUAACAAGGCCAUUUGGCCCAACCUGCAGAAGAUUCUCACCUCGGUGUACACGGGUGGAUGGGAUAUUAAUUGGAAGAAAUAUCACGCGCCUUUCGCCUCCUCCCAGAAACUGGUGGAUCUGCCGAGCUACGGCUGGGAUUUGAAGGAUUACUACAUCCCGUAUCAGGGUGACUGGUGUCUGCAUCGCCACCAGCAGGAUUGCAAGUGCGCCACUCCUGGUCACGAAAUUAAAACGGCCGACUAUCAAGUCCCUCCUGAGUCGAAGCCUGACCGUCCAUCCAAGCUGGACCCUAGCAAACAGGCCUUUCCCGAAAUACAGACCACCACGACACUCCAUCGAGUGGUGGAGGAGACGACUAAACCUUUGGGGGCUACCUUAGUAGUGGAGACAGACCUAUCUCGGAAGGAUGUUAACGGCCUCGCUCAAGGGCACCUUGUUGAUGGGAUCCCUUUGUGUACCCCUUCCUUUUAUGCUGACAUCGCCAUGCAAGUGGGCCAAUACAGUAUGCAACGGCUCCGUGCGGGACAUCCGGGGGCCGGUGCCAUAGAUGGCCUUGUGGACGUGUCAGACAUGGUGGUAGACAAAGCGUUGAUCCCUCAUGGGAAAGGACCUCAAUUGCUGCGCACGACGCUUACCAUGGAGUGGCCGCCCAAGGCUGCUGCUACUACGCGAAGCGCCAAAGUCAAAUUCGCCACCUAUUUUGCCGAUGGGAAGCUCGAUACGGAGCAUGCGAGCUGUACCGUCCGAUUCACAACCGAUGCACAAUUGAAAUCUCUGCGCCGGUCUGUGUCUGAGUACAAGACCCACAUCCGCCAGUUACGUGAUGGCCAUGCCAAGGGGCAGUUCAUGCGAUACAAUCGGAAGACCGGGUAUAAGCUCAUGAGCAGCAUGGCUCGGUUUAAUGCCGACUACAUGCUCUUGGAUCAUCUGGUGCUGAACGAGGCAGAGAACGAGGCAGCAAGUUGUGUAGACUUCUCCUUGGGAUCGUCGGAAGGCAUCUUUGCAGCUCACCCAGCUCACGUCGAUGCCAUCACCCAGGUGGCCGGUUUUGCUAUGAAUGCCAACGACAAUGUUGACAUCGAGAAACAGGUCUACGUCAAUCACGGGUGGGACUCGUUCCAGAUCUACCAACCACUCCAUAAUAGCAAGUCUUACGAUGUAUACACCAAGAUGGGCCAAGCGAAGGAGAAUGAUCUGGUGCAUGGCGAUGUGGUGGUUCUGGACGGAGACCAAGUCGUUGCUUUCUUUCGCGGCCUUUCGCUGCGAUGCGUCCCCCGUGGGGCACUGCGUGUUAUCCUGCAGUCUACAGUGAAAAAAGCCGAUCGCCAACUAGGGUUAAAGACAACGCCGCCGCCGACGAUGCCAAUAUCGCCUUCCAAACCAGCUCCUACUCAUGUUUCCGGCCAAUCUGUUCCACCAGAGGCCAGUCAUCCCCACACCCCGCCACAGCCAAAGCAUUCCCCGGCACCGGAAACUACUGGAAGCGCUCCAGCGGCAAAAGGCGUAGAUGUCAGUAUUGAAAAGCUAGAUGCUAUAAUGCGAGUUGUUUCGGAGGAGAGUGGAAUUGCCCUCGAGGAGCUCACUGAUGACAGCAACUUUGCUGACAUGGGCAUCGAUUCUUUGAGUUCAAUGGUCAUUGGGAGCCGCUUCAGAGAGGACCUGGGGCUGGACCUGGGUCCUGAGUUUUCUCUUUUCAUUGAUUGCACUACCGUGCGUGCCUUGAAAGACUUCAUGUUGGGAAGCGGGAAUGCUGGCAGUGGCUCCAAUGUAGAAGACUCUCCGUCAGCUACUCCCGGCACCAACCACGAAACGGAUUGGUCUAGCAGUGCAUCCGACACUAUUUCCUCCAGCGAAGAUCACGGUCAUUCGAGUGAGUCCGGUGCCGACACUGGAAGUCCGCCUUCACUUGAUCUGAAGCCCUACUGCCGCCCCUCAACUUCUGUCGUCCUACAAGGUCUACCCAUGGUGGCGCGGAAAACUCUGUUUAUGCUCCCUGAUGGGGGAGGAUCGGCUUUUUCUUACGCCUCCUUGCCGCGCCUCAAAUCAGAUACCGCUGUAGUGGGCCUGAAUUGCCCUUAUGCCCGGGACCCCGAGAACAUGAACUGCACACAUGGAGCUAUGAUUGAGAGCUUUUGCAAUGAGAUCCGGCGGCGGCAGCCGCAGGGUCCUUAUCACUUGGGCGGCUGGUCAUCCGGUGGUGCAUUUGCUUACGUCGUGGCCGAGGCACUUGUUAACCAGGGGGAGGAGGUCCAUUCUUUAAUCAUUAUUGAUGCGCCUAUUCCCCAAGCCAUGGAACAACUCCCCCGAGCCUUUUACGAGCACUGCAACAGCAUUGGAUUGUUCGCUACACAGCCCGGGGCUAGUCCGGACGGCUCGACUGAGCCUCCGCCCUACUUAAUCCCCCACUUUACUGCUGUGGUGGAUGUGAUGCUGGAUUAUAAGUUGGCCCCGUUGCGUGCGCGCCGGAUGCCCAAAGUCGGCAUCGUCUGGGCGGCAGAUACAGUCAUGGACGAGCGGGAUACUCCCAAGAUGAAAGGAAUGCAUUUCAUGAUUCAAAAGCGGACUGAAUUUGGCCCCGAUGGGUGGGACACGGUCAUGCCCGGGGCCUCGUUUGAUAUUGUCCGAGCGGACGGUGCUAAUCAUUUUACGUUGAUGCAGAAGGAACAUGUCUAUAAAAUUAGCGAUCUGAUCGACCGAGUCAUGGCCUAGCAAGCUCCGCUUCGGUGGGUGACGCGCAUAGUUACAACUAUGAUGGGUGCUGGAGGAGGGAGGAAGCAGGGCCGUGUUUUUCAUUUGCUCCCGCGUUUAGAAAAGACGAGAUUGUGGUUUACAAACUUUUUUCAAAGGGCUCAUUGUGUAUAUUGAUUCGAACUACAUAUAUAGGUACUUUUACGAUGAUAUCAUAUACACCUUUUCACACA